CCUUGCCCCCUUUUUUCCCUGGAGUUUCUGGCUUUUCCCUCGUGUACGUAUUAUUUCGUACCCAAAACCGUUUGUUGGCCUGACCGGUGACCUGUUGCCCAUCCCCCAGCUCAUCCACACACCCACACACACGCUCACACUUUCACUUCACUUUCACUUUCACCCUCACACCACCAAAACUAAGCCUCCAAACUGUCACUAUUACUUUCACUUCUCACUUCACUACCCCCAAAACUCUUCCCGUCCCAGGAAAACAACAAACAAAAACAACACCCGCCGACGACUGACACGAACCUUAACCUGCUCGACCGCCACCUUUGCGGCAGCACCGUGUUAUUCACCACCUGUCACCAUUUCUAGCAGCGCCGGUCAUGAACACUCGUUUCUCGUAAAACACGCACCCUUUAAACCCCCCCUCCGCCUUUACAACAUUUUCGACCUUCUUUUCGCCCUUCCUCGACGCACUCACACUCGCUUGAACCGCCUACCGAGCCCCGACCGGUAACCCGACCGAUCGAUCCCCGGUUUCUCAUGUCGCUCCUAGAUUAGAUCUUGUUCCUCACAUCGCCCCCGACUGGACUCUUACACACGUUCCGUCCGUUUCUUCCCCCCCGACCGGCGCCUUAUCGCCAUGGUCACAACACUCGCUUCAGCCGCUUCGGCGGCACUGCUGCUGGCAGGAAGCCUCCCGGCCGUCAGCGCGCAGUAUUAUAAAAUCGACUCGACUGAAAGCAUCAAGGCGUCAGCCAAAACACUCGCAUACGACCUGAUGACACAGUACAAGGGCAACCAGUCGGGCGAGAUUCCCGGUAUCCUGCCCGGCCCGCCCACCGAGCACAAGGGCGACUAUUACUGGUGGGAGGGAGGCGCCAUGAUGGGCACUUACAUCGACUACUGGAAACUGACGGGCGACUCGACCUACAACGACCUCAUCAUGGAGGGCAUGCUGCACCAGACCGGCCCGAAUGCCGACUACAUGCCCCCUAACCACACAGCCUCUCUCGGAAACGACGACCAGGGCUUCUGGGGUAUGUCCGCCAUGCUCGCCGCCGAGAACAAGUUUCCGAACCCGCCGGAAAAUAAGCCUCAGUGGCUCGCCCUCGCCCAGGCCGUCUGGACUACCCAAGCGAGCCCCGAUCGCCAUGACGAGACCUGUAACGGAGGCCUGAGAUGGCAGGUGCCGUUCUCCAACGCAGGAUACAACUACAAGAACACCAUCGCUAAUGGAUGCUUCUUCAACAUUGGCGCUCGCCUCGCCAGAUACACCAACAACGACACGUACGCCCAGCACGCCGAGAAGACCUGGGACUGGCUCUGGGGCGUCAACUACAUCGACCACGAGAACUGGAAUGUCUACGACGGCGGCCACGUCGAACACAACUGCACCGACGUCAAUAAGCAGCAGUUUUCCUACAACGCCGCCAUCCUGACCCAGGGCGCCGCCUUCAUGUACAACUACACCAACGGAUCCGACGUCUGGAAGGGUCGCAUCGAGAAGCUCACCGAAUCCCUCUUCCUGAACUUCUUCCCCAACAACACGGGCUACGAGCUUGCCUGCGAAGGUCGCAAGGGCCAGUGCACCGCCGACAUGCUGUCUUUCAAGGGCUACGUCCACCGCUGGCUCUCUGUCGUCACCCAGAUCGCCCCCUUUAUGAAGGACAAGAUCUUACCCGUGCUCCGCGAUUCGACCCAGUCCGCCAUCAACCAGUGCACGGGCGGCGCCACGGGUCGCGUCUGCGGCUUCUACUGGAACGACAAGGUGUUUGUGGACCCGGCCGUCGACAAGACCUCGGGCGCCGGCGAGCAGAUGAACGUGCUGGCCGCCGUCUCAAGCCUGCUGAUCGAGAGCGUCGAGCCGCCCGCGACCAACAACACGGGUGGUAUCUCCAAGGGCGAUCCGGACGCCGGAAGCAAGAGCAAAGACAACAUUGAGCCGGAGCCUAUCUCGACAGCCGACCGCGCCGGUGCGGGUAUCUUGACGGCCAUCGUGCUGGCCGGCGGUCUGGGAACGUGGGGCUGGAUGAGCUUCGGCGAUUAACAGGAGUCGGGAGAAGGAGAUGCUGCACAUACACUGACGCACGCGUAAAGGAACAGAGUGUGCAUGUGUCGGUCUAAUGAGAUGUUUGAUUUGUUGUACGGGCUACAUACCUGGAUGCGCAUGGCACGGCGUUCUGGGUAAACACUACGAAGGGGGGUAAUUUUCCUACCUACUACACUACUACCGUUACUACACGGGUUUCUUUUUUCCCCUUCUGUUCUUUUGAAUUCCUAUCUGCGUCCUCCUUCCCUUGAGUCAGGUGUGUCAGCUUCUCCCCGUCAUGAUCUUUACUGGUCCAGGUGAGGUUGAGGGGUGACUGGCUGGCUUGUGGAGGAGGCGCAUAUCACGCACAUGUACUGCGAUAGAUCCAUCCGGUUCUGCAUGAUGUGGACCUGGAUAGGUAGUCCAACUGUUGUCCACAAAUAAGUAAAUAUGGUAUAAAAAAAUCCAGAACCUCGG